AUGCAAGGACGUAGAAUAUUAAUAGGUUAUGACCACUCAAAAGCUUCUAAUGCUGCCAUGGAAUGGAUUAUUGAAAAGCGAAUCUUACUUCCCGAGGACUCAGUGACACUUGCCAUUAUUGUUAAUGACGAUGCCAUUGCUGUGGAAGGCACAUUUGGUUUAGAAUCAGCUGUAGCGGGUCCCGCAGGUUGGCUGGCAGAUGACUAUAUUGAACGUGUAUCUACUAUGGAAAAAGAGUCUGCAGAAGCAUUAAAGUCCGUGGUCAAAUGGUUUGCUAGUAAAGGCAUUACAGUGACCCCUAAGAUACUCAGUGGAGAACCCGGCGAGACCUUAAAAGAUUAUGCUCAAGCGCAUAAUGUGGAUUUGGUGAUUGUAGGCAGUCGAGGCUUAGGUUUCUUUAAAAGACAACUCAUCGGAUCCGUGUCUGAUUAUCUUAUUCAUCAUUUAAAAUGUUCUGUAUUGGUGGUGAAAGAUGACAGUGGUGCAACAGAAAAGAAAAGCACAGACAAAUAA